UUCCAAUUCAAAAUGAUACAUCUACAAAUUUGCAAACCAGGGAACAACAAUUGCCAACCACUCCAAAGGCAUUGUCCAUUGAGGAAAUUAAGGUCAUUAUGGGACAAUAUAAGCAAGCUGCUAGCAAUGCUAAAUUGGCUGGAUUUGAUGGAGUAGAAUUGCAUGCUGCUAAUGGUUAUCUAGUUGACCAAUUUUUACAAAAUGGAGUUAAUAAGAGAACUGAUGAAUACGGUGGCUCCAUUGAAAAUAGAUUGAGAUUUAUGCGUGAAGCUAUUUCAGCAUGUAUUGAAGGAUUUGAUAAUGAAUCAGAUCGAGUUGGAAUUCGUUUGAGUCCAAGUGGAUGUUUCUUGGAAAUUAGUGAUUCAGAUCCAAAACCACUCUUUGAAGCAGCUGUCAAAGCAUUGGAUGAAUAUGAUUUGGCAUAUAUUCACCUUGUAGAACCAAGAAUAUCAGGUGGAGCAAAUUCAGAUGAUGGCCAAGCUGAAUCCAAACCUGUGGUUGUAACCAAGGAAUUGAAACCAUUGACAAGAUCUCCAAUUAUUUCAGCUGGUGGUUUUACUCCAGCCACAGCAAAGAGUACCACUGAAGAGGGUGCCACAGAUAUGAUUGCUUUUGGAAGACACUUUAUUUCUAAUCCUGAUUUGGUUGAAAGAAUUAGAAAUGGUCAUCCACUCAAUCAUUAUGAUAGAAGUACUUUUUAUGGUUCCAAUGAUGUUGUUACUGGCUAUAUCGAUUAUCCAACUUUUCAAUAA